AUGGCUUCCGAGGAUGAAGAUGAUUACAUGAAUAUGGUGAUUGAGGAGCCCACUCAAAAGGAGACCUUCGCACAAAAAAAGCGCCGCGAGCUACGAGAGGUACCCUGUCUUCCACAUUCUAACCCAACACCACAUCUGUCUUCGGCUAAAUUUCAACCCCAUUCUAACAUUUUAUUCCGUAUGCAGGCCGAAGCCCGGGGUCGAGUCCCGUCCAAAGCCGAACGCGCCGCUCGAGAAGCCGCCCGCCGAGAGGAAGCCUUGGCCACGAGCACCCUCAACCCCACCAACAAAGGAUUCCAAAUGAUGGCAAAACUUGGGUUCAAACCUGGUGGUGUACUUGGCAAACCUGUUGCAGCCAGCGACUCCGAUACUACCGACUCUUUCCCGAAGGCGUGCGUUGAACCGCUAAGCCUAACCCUGAAAGAAAACCGUGGCGGAAUUGGAUUGGACACCGAGAAAAAGCGCAAGCUCCGCGAGAAAGCAGAAGAAGCAGCAAAGAGACUUAAAAAUGAGGAGGGGAGUUACCGAGAUCGCGUUCGUGAAGAGCGCGAGUUGAGACGCAUCGAAGCGCAAGUGCGCGCUGCACAGAAAGUUGCAGAGAGGCUGGAUGCAGAAUCAGAGUGUGGGGCCACCACUGACAAAGACAAAGAACAAGGAACAGGGUCCUUGGUCAAGUGCAACAAAGAAGGUGAUGACUCCACAGAUCCUAGUCAACCACGCGACGGACCCGAUAUAGCCACAAAUAAGAAGCCAAUUAAGCUCACCUCCCACAUCAACGUCCUCUACCGCGGUCUCAUCCGUGAGCGCGAACGGAAUGACAGUGACCGCCAGACACGCCAUGCUUUCCAAUCAUCACUCCCUUCAUCUUUUUUCCCCAAAGCACGGCUACCAGAGUACGAUGACCCGACUAUGGACCGCGAGGAUAAAAAAGCCAUUGGCAGUGAAUUUGAUCAGAAUACCUCCACACUGGAGAUAGAGCUGGAAGAAGACGACGAGGAGCUCGAUGCCUUUAAUGCAUUAGAGCCAGCUGAGCGGUUACGCAAGCUGGUUCUAUUUUUGCGCGAGAAAUAUCGCUAUUGUUUCUGGUGUAAAUAUGCCUACGAAACGGAUCUUGAGCUGGGAGGGUGUCCUGGCCUGACCGAGGAGGAUCAUGAUUGA